GUGUCCCUAGCAGACGAUAAUCGAGUAUUUUGCCGUGUUCAAUGUGCUUAUCGUCAAAUUUUCAAGAAUAUGUGAAAAUUAAAGGCUAUCCACUUUAAGAAAUCAUGCUUCAUGUUAGAAUGUAUUUAAUCUAAAUCACAAAAAGUGUAUAUUUAGCAAUAUCGAAUCGAGUGAAAAAAUUGACAUACCGUACUACCAUAGCUUAAAUUAGAAAGAACGAUACCACCAGUCUAUGCUCUUCAGUAUUGUAUUAUUUAAUCUCUCGCAUUCUUCUCUGAUCUGGACAUAUCUCGAUUGUGCGAGAACAAGUUUCUCUUGCCGACGGUGACAACGUGUAAAAACCACGGCAAAAGAAACUAUUGCACCAACCCUGCUGUUAUUAUAGGCCUCUGGUCACGUUCUUCGCCAUCAAGUAACAUCUGUGUCUCGGUUAUUGCGAAUCCUGCGAGGCUGCGACUAGUAUAGGGUAGUAGCUAUUUAUAGUAGUAAGCAAGCAAUCGAAAGGGAAGAUACCACUCUACCUAUAGCUACUAGUCCCACAAGUAUCGCCAAGUUUGCGUCAUAAUGAAUCGUGUAAACAUAGAUGAACCCCGUUGGGACCAAGGAACUUAUGUGGGCAGAGCAAAGCAUUUCUUCACAAUUACAAAUCCAUUGAAUUUACUCUGCACACCAGCACAGCUUGAUGAAGCAAAAAUUGUUGUUGACAAAUACAGGGGAGGAGAGGAUGUCAAUCUAGGUGAAGAUGAGCUGUGGAGGGCCAAGAAUAUUUAUGAUUCAGCCUUUCAUCCAGACACUGGGGAGAAGAUGACCCUCAUUGGCCGAAUGUCUGCUCAGGUACCCAUGAAUAUGACAAUCACAGGGUGCAUGCUUACGUUUUACAAAACUACUCCAGCUGUAGUAUUUUGGCAAUGGAUUAACCAGUCUUUCAAUGCCAUUGUUAACUACACAAAUCGUUCUGGAGAUUCCCCAGUAUCUGUUCAACAGCUUGGGACCUCAUACGUACUAGCAACUGGUGGUGCUCUGGCUACUGCUCUAGGCCUUAACAGCCUUGUAAAGUCUAUGCCUCCACUAAUUGGUCGAUUGGUCCCAUUCACUGCAGUUGCUGCUGCUAACUGUGUAAAUAUUCCAAUGAUGAGGAUGAGAGAAUGGCGUGAAACAGGUGUCACCCUAAUGGAUGAAGACAACAACGUUCUAGGCACCAGUAAGAAAGCUGCUAAGCAAGGUGUGGCCAUGGUCGUCAUUUCAAGAAUUAUGAUGGCUGUGCCAAGUUGUGUACUUCCCCCUAUUUUGAUGAACAUUCUUGAGAAGCGUGGCACUCUGAAACGUAUGCCUUGGAUCGCGGCUCCAUUGCAAGUAGCACUCUGUGGUGUUUGCCUGACAUUUGCUACACCAGCUUGUUGUGCCCUUUUCCCUCAAAAGGCCUCAAUUGCUUUAUCAAGUCUGGAACCAGAAGUCAGUGACAAGAUUCGUAAGCUUCCUAAUGCUCCAGAGAUUGUGUACUACAAUAAAGGUCUCUAGAAGCAGCUUACUAUUAGCUUCAGAUGAAAUUAUAAUUUUCUUUUAACAUCUUCAUGCUGGUGUUAAUUCCAGUAUACUCCCUUCCAUUCUGUUAAUAUUUGUCAUCCAUCAUGGCAGUUUCAAGCUUAUUAGCAACUGUGUAAUUAAAUUAGUGUGGAAACAAUCCUGUUAAUCUUCAACCAUAUGAAUGUAGUCGUAAUUUGGAAAUAUACAUAUUUUCAUA